CCCCCGUGGCAAACCGCUAAAUCCUAAGCCAGGGCACCAUCCUAUUGUCAGUGAAUGAUGGCGGAGCUGAGUGGCUUGUCAUCAUUCUCGAAAAUUCCGAGCCUAGUGAGCUCUCUCUCCCUCUCCUGUUCGCCUUAUUUUCCUUUCCGCCACUGCGGGGACUUUUUUUAAUUUGCAGCUUCCCUUUCCCCGGCACACACAGACAGGAGCUGGUGGCUUUCAGACUGCGUCUGUCUGGAGCUAGAGAGACACAGCAGAGGGAGUGUUCUUGGAGAAGGGUUCUGCAGCAGCAGUUCCAACGGACUGGAUUCAGGGGGCAUUGCUGCCUAUGCACUGAUUCUUCAACUUGACUCUGGCAGAGGACGCACUGAUUAGGAGCCACUCAAUCAGAAAAUUAAAAGAAAGAAGCCAGAACAUAAUAGCAGUCCUUUGAGAACACAACAAAUAUCACUACUUCACAACUUCCUUGAAGAGGAGACAGUACAAAGCUCUGAAGGAUGGCUGAUGAGCGGAAAGACGAUGGAAAGGCGCCACACUGGACGUCAGCCUCACUGACCGAGGCAGCUGCACACCCUCACCCUCCAGAGAUGAAGGACCAAGGCGGGGCAGGGGAAGGGCUGAGCCGCAGCGCCAAUGGAUUUCCAUACAGAGAGGAGGAGGAGGGCGCCUUUGGGGAGCACGGGUCACAGGGCGCCUAUUCAGAUACCAAAGAGAACGGCAUCAACGGAGAGCUGACCUCGGCCGACAGAGAAACAGCAGAGGAGGUGUCUGCAAGGAUAGUUCAAGUAGUCACGGCUGAAGCUGUAGCAGUCCUGAAAGGUGAACAAGAGAAGGAAACCCAAAACAAAGACCAGCCUGCAGCUCUGCCUUUAGCCGCUGAAGAAACAGCUCAUCUGCCACCUUCUCCACCACCAUCGCCAGCCUCAGAACAAACAGUUGCUGUGGAGGAAGAUGCAGGGGCUGAGGACCAAGUGGGUCCCCUCCACAGGUUCCCCAGCCAUGAACCUGCCACCAGCGGGGAGAGGCGUAGGCUUCUAGCCCCCUCCAUCUCGGUGUCUGUGCCUGAUGAUGAGCCUUACAGUUCGGAUGAGGAGUACUAUGAGCAUCCUUUGUUCCGCUCAGAGUGGACUGGUGUGCUCCCCAGUGUCACAGCCCAGGGCGCAGAGGCCCACUUAGGCCAGCAGAAAGAAGAAGAAACGCUAGAGGGUGUGAUGACUGAGGGAAUGAAACCUGCUGCCCUUCCCGGAAAAGAGCACGGGGCUGCUAAGUCCUCAGACCACCUCCAGGGCCUCAGUGAGGGCCAAGUGGAAUCUAGUGCAGAGGCGCAGAUAGUUCCAGAAGACAGUGUAAAAGAGGUCCCGGAGGUGGCUCCAGAUGUAAAAAUCCCUUCCUCUCUCAAGGAAGAUUUACUUACAGCCUCGAAGAUGGAAUUCCCAGAGCAGCAGAAAUUGACUUCCCCUUUCGCUGAGCCUUUAGACAAGGGAGAAAAGGAGUUGGAGAUGCAAAGUAAGCCUGGUGAAGACUUUGAACAUGCUGCCUUAGUUCCUCAGCCAGAGACAACUGUAACUCCCCAAGAUAAAAAGGAUCUCCAAGGCACGGAAGGAGAAAAGUCGCCUUUUGCGCACACUUUUGGUACCAACCUGGAAGACAUAAAACAGAACAUAGAACCAAGCAUAGCAGUGCCUAGCAUUGGCCUCUCUGCAGAGCCUCUGACUCCAAAAGAGCAGAAGGACUGGUUCAUUGAAAUGCCAAUGGAAUCAAAGAAGGAUGAAUGGGGUUUAGCUGCCCCAAUAUCUCCUGGUCCCUUGACACCCAUGAGGGAAAAAGAUGUGCUGGAGGAUAUCCCAAGAUGGGAAGGGAAGCAGUUUGAUUCUCCCAUGCCAAGCCCCUUUCAUGGUGGAAGCUUCACUCUUCCUUUAGAUACUAUAAAGAAUGAAAGAGUCACAGAAGAACCACAACCCUUGGCUCCUUUUUUCUUCCAAGCAGCUGACAAAACAUCUCUGCAGGACACCAGUGGCCUAGCUACUGCCAAAGAUAGUUCUGAAGAUGAGAAGCCACAGAAAGAUAAAGCAGACAAUGUGGUAGAUGUCCCAGUCUCAGAAGCUGCCACCAUACCCAAAGAUGCUCAUGGUCCAGUUGUGGAAGGUUAUGUCACAGAAAGUGUUUCAGGGGAAGAAAAGGGUGCCACAAAUCAAGAGAAAAAAGAAACUUGGACACCCAGCAAACAAGAACCUACAAUCACUGAAAGUGAACCACAGACAAAGCUUGAGGAGAAAUUAUUGGUCUCCAUCGAAGAAGCUGUGGCAAAAGAUCACGGACCCUCCAAACUGAGAGAUGAUGAAACAGCUGUCAUUCAGCCCUCCACCGAGCAUUCUUUCUCCAAAGAAGAACAGAAAGGCCAAGAGCACAUGACCGAUGAGUUAAAACAGGGCUCCUUCCCUAUAAGUCUCGAACAAGCAUUUUUAGAUCCAGCCAUGACCUCUGAGACCUUGGGAAAAAUUACAUCUGAGCCAGAGGCAGUAAGUGAAAUGAGAGAAAGCCGGGGGCUUUUUGAGGAGACUGUAGCUGGCAAAGAUAAGUUUGAAGGAGUCGGGGCCGCAACAGUAGCUGAGGUUGGCAUGCCAUUUUAUGAAGAUAAAUCAGGAAUGUCCAAGUACUUUGAAACAUCUGCAUUGAAAGAAGAUGUGACAAAAAGUCAACAAUUGGGCAAUGAUUACUAUGAACUGAGUGAUUCAAGAGGCAGUGCCCAGGAGUCCCUUGAUACUGUAUCUCCCAAGCAUGGUGAAAAGGAAAAAGAAUCCCAGCCCAGUGCUCCAGCACAAGAAGCAGGUUAUAGCACACUUGCCCAGCGUUAUCCAUCUGAGUUACCUGAAGAACCAAGUUCUCCUCAAGAAAGAAUGUUCACUAUUGACCCAAAAGUUUACGGGGAGAAAAGGGACCUUCACAGUAAGAAUAAAGAUGAUUUGACACUUAGUCGAAGUUUAGGGCUUGGCGGUAGGUCUGCAAUAGAACAAAGAAGCAUGUCCAUCAACUUGCCUAUGUCUUGCCUCGAUUCCAUUGCCCUUGGGUUUAACUUCGGCCGGGGCCAUGAUCUUUCCCCUCUGGCUUCCGAUAUUCUAACUAACACUAGCGGAAGCAUGGAUGAAGGAGAUGAUUAUCUUCCCCCCACCACACCUGCCGUGGAGAAAGCCCCUUGCUUUCCGAUAGAAAGCAAAGAGGAGGAAGAAAAGGCAGAGGAAGCAAAAGUGACUGGAGAGCAAACUAUUCAAAUUGAGACAUCCUCUGAGACACCCUUCCCAGCCAAAGAGUAUUACAAAAAUGGUACCGUCAUGGCCCCUGACCUGCCCGAGAUGCUUGAUCUGGCAGGAACCAGGUCCAGAUUAGCUUCUGUGAGUGCAGAUGCUGAGGUUGCCAGGAGGAAAUCGGUCCCAUCAGAGGCUGUGGUUGCAGAGAGUAGUACCGGUUUGCCACCUGUCACUGAUGAAAACCAAGUCACUGCAAAACCAGACAGUCAACUGGAAGACAUGGGAUACUGUGUGUUCAAUAAAUACACAGUCCCUCUCCCAUCUCCAGUUCAAGACAGUGAGAAUUUGUCGGGAGAGAGUGGUUCGUUUUAUGAAGGAACCGAUGACAAAGUCCGCAGAGAUUUGGCCACAGACCUUUCACUGAUUGAAGUAAAACUUGCUGCCGCUGGAAGAGUCAAAGAUGAGUUCACUGCUGAGAAAGAGGCAUCUCCACCCACUUCGGCUGACAAAUCAGGACUGAGUAGGGAGCUUGACCAUGACAGGAAAGCUAAUGACAAACUGGAUACUGUCCUAGAAAAGAGUGAAGAGCAUGUUGAAUCAAAAGAACAUGCCAAGGAGAUGGACGAGGCUGGUGAGAAAGUGGAGCUCUUUGGGUUAGGUGUAACCUAUGAGCCAGUCUCCACCAAAGAACUGACAACAGCUGAAGAUGCAUCACCUGAGAAAGCAGCAGAAGGUCUCAGUUCAGUGCCCGAGGUAGCUGAGGUAGAACCAACCACAAAGGCCGAUCACGGGCUUGAUUUUGCUGUGAAGAAAGCUGAGCCGGGUCAGCUAGAAAUCAAAGUCAGUGACUUUGGACAGAUGGCUUCAGGGAUGAAUGUAGAUGCUGGGAAAGCCACAGAGCUCAAGUUUGAGGUUUCUCAGGAGCUGACCCUCUCAUCCAAAGGACCUCAAGAAGAGGAUUCCUUCAUUGGUGUUGAGUCUGGCCACAUGAAAGAAGGUGUAAAAGUCAAUGAAAUAGAAGUCAAAGAGAAGGUGGCAAAGCCCGACCUGGUGCAUCAGGAGGCUGUGGACAAAGAAGAGUCCUAUGAGUCUAGCGGUGAGCAUGAGAGCCUCACGAUGGAGUCCCUGAAGCCUGAUGAGGGCAAGAAGGAAACCUCUCCAGAGUCAUCUCUGAUUCAAGAUGAAGUUGCCCUCAAACUGUCUGUGGAAAUCCCUUGCCCACCUCCUGUUUCAGAGGCUGACUUGUCCACUGAUGAGAAAGCUGAGGUCCAAAUGGAAUUUAUUCAGCUGCCCAAGGAAGAAAGCACAGAGACUCCAGAUAUACCCGCCAUACCUUCUGAUGUCACCCAGCCACAGCCUGAGGCAAUUGUGUCUGAACCAGCAGAGGUCCAAAGUGAGGAAGAGAUAGAAGCUGGGGGAGAAUAUGACAAACUGCUCUUCCGCUCAGACACCCUUCAGAUUACUGACCUGGUUGCCCCGGGAAGUAGGGAGGAAUUUGUGGAAACCUGCCCGGGUGAGCACAAAGGUGUAAUUGAGUCUGUGGUGACCAUCGAGGAUGACUUCAUCACUGUAGUGCAAACCACAACCGAUGGAGGGGAGUCGGGGUCCCACAGUGUGCGCUUUGCAGCUCUGGCUCAGCCUGAGGACGAAAGGAGACCGUGCCCUCACGAGGAAGAGCUUGAAGUAGAGAUGGCAGCAGAAGCCCAGGCAGAACCCAAGGAUGGCUCUCCAGAUGCCCCAGCUACCCCUGAGAGAGAAGAGGUUGCAUUCUCAGAAUAUAAAACAGAAACCUACGAUGAUUACAAAGACGAGACCACCAUUGAUGACUCCAUCAUGGAUGCUGACAGCCUGUGGGUGGACACUCAAGAUGAUGAUAGAAGCAUCAUGACAGAACAGUUAGAAACUAUUCCUAAAGAGGAGAAAGCUGAGAAGGAAGCUCGGAGACCAUCUCUCGAGAAACAUAGAAAAGAAAAACCCUUUAAAACCGGGAGAGGCAGAAUUUCCACCCCUGAAAGAAAAGUAGCUAAAAAGGAACCUAGCACGGUCUCCAGGGAUGAAGUGAGAAGGAAAAAAGCAGUUUAUAAGAAGGCUGAACUUGCUAAAAAAACAGAAGUUCAGGCCCACUCUCCUUCCAGGAAAUUCAUUUUAAAACCUGCUAUCAAAUACACUAGACCAACUCAUCUCUCCUGUGUUAAGCGGAAAACCACAGCAGCAAGUGGUGAAUCAGCUCAGGCUCCCAGUGCUUUUAAGCAGGCGAAGGACAAAGCCACUGAUGGAGUCACCAAGAGUCCAGAAAAGCGUUCUUCCCUCCCUAGACCUUCCUCCAUCCUGCCUCCUCGCCGAGGUGUAUCGGGAGACAGGGAAGAGAACUCAUUCUCUCUGAACAGCUCCAUCUCUUCAGCACGGCGGACCACCAGGUCAGAACCAAUUCGCAGAGCAGGAAAGAGUGGCACCUCAACUCCUACCACCCCUGGAUCCACCGCAAUCACGCCUGGCACUCCCCCAAGCUACUCUUCACGUACCCCAGGCACUCCUGGAACCCCCAGCUAUCCCAGGACCCCUCAUACACCAGGAACCCCCAAAUCUGCCAUCUUGGUGCCCAGUGAGAAGAAAGUCGCCAUCAUCCGCACUCCUCCAAAGUCCCCAGCUACUCCCAAGCAGCUACGGCUUAUUAACCAACCACUGCCAGACCUGAAGAAUGUCAAAUCCAAAAUCGGAUCAACGGACAACAUCAAAUACCAGCCUAAAGGGGGUCAGGUUAGGAUUUUAAACAAGAAGAUCGAUUUUAGCAAAGUUCAGUCAAGAUGUGGUUCCAAGGAUAACAUCAAACAUUCUGCUGGGGGCGGAAAUGUACAAAUCGUUACUAAGAAGAUAGACUUAAGCCAUGUGACAUCCAAAUGCGGCUCUCUGAAGAACAUCCGUCAUAGGCCAGGUGGUGGACGUGUGAAAAUUGAGAGUGUAAAACUGGAUUUCAAGGAAAAGGCCCAAGCUAAAGUUGGUUCCCUUGACAAUGCUCACCACGUCCCUGGGGGUGGUAAUGUGAAGAUUGACAGCCAAAAGUUGAACUUCAGAGAGCACGCAAAGGCCCGUGUAGACCAUGGGGCUGAGAUCAUCACACAGUCCCCAAGCAGGUCGAGCGUGGCAUCACCCCGACGACUCAGCAACGUCUCCUCUUCUGGAAGCAUCAACCUGCUCGAGUCCCCUCAGCUUGCCACUUUGGCUGAGGACGUCACUGCCGCGCUUGCUAAGCAGGGCUUGUGAAUACUUCUCCUUUAGCACUGGAGUAAUAUUUAGGCAUGAGCUCUUGGCAGGAGUGGGCUCUGAGCAGGUGUCAUAUUCAUUCUUUACAAACCAUAGAUAAAUAAUCUCACCCCCAAACUGUAGUAAUUGUUACAAUUUUAUAUAAAAAAAUGAAUAGUAUAUGCAGAAAAUGACCUGAUUUCCAUCCGCAACAGGAACACAUGGCUUUAUAUGGAUACAAUUGGACAAUUAUUUUCGCUCUGCUGUUUUGCAUGGAGUAUUAUUAUUAUUUUUAAAAUUGCAUUUUUACCUUUCAUGUGCCUGAAGGCUAUCCAACUCAUUCUGAAAGGCCUUGUUAAAAAUCCAAGCUGCUCAUUUCACUAUUCUGUUUAUGGUUGAAAAGAUUAAAAAAACCGCCCAUUGUCCCUUAAUACAGGUUGAGUGAAAUCAAGGAGUCUGAAGGCAUCUGAUUGGGGGAAGGAAAGAGCAUGUAAGAAACACAUGUUUUAAAGUGUUAUUUUGUAUAAAUGGGAAGAAAGAUGGAACUAAGUUAUUAACAUUUGGGACCUGGAUGAUGAUAUCAGAGUAUGCCAUUCCAAUAAAUUAUUUAACUAAAAACUAGAUAUAAAGCAUUUGAGCUGUGGUUGAAGAAGUUGUGUCAGAGUGCAUUUCUUAGGGUUGAUGCACUUUCAUUAGGAUGGGCUUGUGUCUGAUUAGAAUGUCAAUUGAUUGGCUAGAUUUGUGUCCACACAAUCAGUUUCACACCCCCAUUCCAUCUGUUUGAUACAGUAUUAUAGAUAUAAAUAUAUAUAUAUAUUUCUCUGUGGCCAUUUGUGAUACUUCCUCAUAUACUUGAAUAUGAUACUUCUUUAUUCACAGUAUCUGUGUCUCCUACACCCUUUGGUGUUGCAAUUUUAGGUAUGUGAAAGUAGAUGUUAGCAGGGUCCUCUCCCUAUUUAAAAAUACAUUUUAAAAAGACAAAACGUUUUAGCAUGAAGUUGCUUUCUGUAACAACUCAAAGCUGUAACCCUGUUUCAGUGCCAGAAUCAAGUCUCUCCUGUGAUGCUAGAAAAGUUUAUUUUUCUUUGCUUUCACCAACAUGGAGUUUGUGGAGUGGGUCCAGUUAUACAUAAAAGGGUUUACAGAUUGUUGGUUCAAAGAUUAUGUAUUUAUCACAUGUUCAAUCACCAAAUAGUUUGGAUUUUAAUCUUACAAUCAUUCAUGAAACUGAUUCCUUAUUAUUUGUUUCCUCCCUUUCUUCUUUUUCUUUUUUUUUUCCAUUUGCUAAAGUUGAAACUAUGAAUUUUGGAUAUAUUUUCCUGUUCUCCAAAUAGUAUUUGUUCAUUAAAUUCUCUGAUAGAAGAUAUUUGGCUUCCUUACCCCUAAGAUCCCUUGAUCAAAAAAGAAAAAUAAAACAUAUUGAGAAGCUACAUAUGUAAAACCUUUGAGACACAGAUAUCUAAUUCCAUCUUUCCAGGAUUCAACAUCACAGUCUGUACAAGAAUAUGAUAUGACUUAUUUAUCAGUAAAUACUAUUUUUUAUUUUAUAUAAGUCUAGACAUCACAAUUCAGUUAAUUCAUUUACAAAUCAUAUUUGAUGAAUAAGCAAUAGUCAAUGGCCCAUAUAGGACAAAGCAUUAUCAAAUUGGGUGGACUUUUUUUUAAUGUUUUAUUCCAUCUUUUUUUCUUGCUCGGGAUUGGUAGACUGAAUCUGAAAAAUUAAAUACAAAAAGUUGACUAAGUUUUUUAUGUCUAUGAAGCAAGCCAAGCCCUACAUAUAAGGGAGAAGAUGAACAAGAACAGGACAAGUGUAGGAGUAUUUAAGAGAGAAGUUAAGAGGAUGCAAAGCAGAGAAACACUGGUGGCAUUUUGGUGACCCAUUGAGUAUGAUUGCCACUGUAACAGUCAAACAGAAAACUCAACAUCAAACCAAGGCAGUCUUCUCAGCUAGGAGGUUGACACACCCAAAAAGGAUGUAUUUGUUUGUAAAUAACUUAUUUUUGAAAUAACUUUAAUGUCUGUUUUCACUCUGGACAAUUCAUUCAUUAGCCUCUCUUGAAAUGCACAAGAAAUGGAAGAUGGGAUAAUGGUGUGUGGAGAAGUACAUUCUUUUCUUACCUGUUUUGAUAGUGCAAGACAGGGGUUAAAGUUACCUAGGAAAAAAGAAAUUAGCAGAUGGUUAGGGUAAUUUUAAACUAUGAGAAAAAUAAUUUCAACUUUGUUUAUUAAAAAAAUUAAGGCUAAGCAAACAUGUUCUAAGUGUUAAAAUUCAGUUUCUUGCAAUGCGUGUUCAAAACAAAAUUAUGUAAGCCCCAAUGUGAAUAGAUUUGGCACCAAAAUAAUCAUUUAUUUCUAAUGUUAAUACAAUUAUAACAAAUACAAAUCCUUUUUUUAUAUGAAAACUUUGAUCCUAUGAAAGUUAACAUAAAGGGACUGACUUUUUGAAUCCAGCCAGAGGCAGAGAAAUGCACAGGCUAAAAACAUUUUCUUAUGGGAAUAUGGGGUGGAUCCCACCUUACCUACUCUCUUAAGAUAAUGACUCAAAUUAAGCUUUUUGGACACCACUUUUGUGGGGAUACACAUACGCUGAUCUAGAAAUGAAAGCUUCACAGUUCCAUUUCCAGAUCGACUCAUGCCAGUUUCUCUCUGGCUUUAGCCUCUGAGAACCUGUUUAAGAAUACGUAAGUAUCCAGAGUUCUGAAGAGUUCAAAGGCCAACUUUUGCAAUGAACUCACACACUCUGGGUCUCCUGCAACUGAAAAUUGGGUACCUUUCAACAAUGCAGGAAGGAUCCGAGUUUCUGAUGAGUUUCAAAGGCCGUGUUCACUUAGGAACAGACUCUUUCUGGAUCUGCCUGCUGGGUUCCAGCAGGAUGGUGGGCUGAAAUCUCACCCAUAGGAAAGAUGCCUGUGUAAUUCCAGCUCAGUUUGACCGAAGGUAGCUGAAGGAAGAGGUCCAGCACACUGAAGAGUAGACUAUAGUUGGCCUUCUCCACACACACACACACACACACACACACACACACACACAAGAGAGAGAGAGAGAGAGAGAGAGAGAGAGAGAGAGAGAGAGAGAGAGAGAGAGAGAGAGAGAGAGUGAGAGAGAGAGAGAGAGAGAGAGAGGAGAGAGGUAGAAGAUACAUCGGCAGUCAUAUGUAGCGUCUCAUCAGUAAUAGUAAAGAAAUAAUCUAAAUGUGGAUGAUUCUGACCUAGCUGCGUUUACAGUUUUCCUUUUAUUCUUCAUGCCACAGGAAGGAAAGGAAAUGAUUUGUGGUAGAAGUAGAAAAGAAAAGGUAGAUUAAUCAGUUGGGGAGGCAAUUCCAGAGGUUUCUUCAAAGACUGAUGUGCUAACAUCAACACUGAUGUUGUGUUUUUAUGCCUAGAUAUUCAGCUUGGCCCUGUAGGUUGAGGCCAAAUCCCUCUGUAGGAAAAAGAUUUUUUCAAACCCCAAAAGAAUGCCAAUCAUGAAAGUCCACUUCAACUUUAGCAAAAAGGAAAAAAAAAAAUUCAACAAAAAGUGUACUCUGUAUGCUGGGAUCCCAAGGUUCCAACACAUCACUACAAAUCUGUUGGGGGGUUCUUUCUUCUGAUAAUUCUAGAGCCUGUUACCAUAGGAAGGCGUUUCUUCAAUGGCUGGUUGUAGUUAGUUCAUGUUUUUCAAUCAAUUUGCAAAUGUAUUUGUUGCUGUAUAGUGAUUGUUUUGCAAAAUAAAAUUGCUUGUCACCUAA